AUGAAUCGGAUAUUGCUUCCAAUUCUGCUGAAACCUCGACUAUUGAAAAAGUUUCCACGUUUCACUGACACCGACGAUGUUGCAAACGGUACAAAUCACAUCUUCCGUCUACAAUUAGAAACGCAUUAUUUUUCUUAUUGGGAUCUCAUAAAGCCAGUUCCUGAAUCAAAAACACUUCCAUCGCAAUCGCUGGUGCUACGACCAGUCUCACAUCGAAUCAAUAAAGAUGAGCAAAUUAUCUCUCUACCCGAGGCGUUAGUGUUUCUUCUUUGCAAAGAGAAUGCAUCCGAAAUGGAGCUAGCCAAAUGGUUGUUGCCGCCGAAUAUAAUCGAGAAAUGCUCAUCGAAAUCACCGAAUUCAGCAGAUUGCAAUUUUGAUUUUAUUUUAAUUCUAAAUUCGCGAAUAACAACCAAAUGUGCGCCCAAUCAACCAUCGAAAAUACAAAGUAUACACUUGGAAAUAAAGAAACGUCAGAAAUAUUUCGAUAUUUCGAUCACUAUUCGAGAUGAAGCGUUCAGAAAUGAAUUCAUCAGUCAUCUUCAAACGAAAAUUUUGGUAAAAAUGCGUUAUAUUUAUAGAGAGCUGGAAAGUAAGAGUGGAUGUGAAGAAAUAACGGAUGAAUCGUCAUCAAUUUCGAGUCUUUUCUAUUCUUCGAUCAGUCGCUUCAUUUCGUGA